AUGUGUUUCUUCUUCGCUUUUCGGACUGCGUGCCUGCUGCUCCCUGUUCUUGACUUGAUAGUCACUUCCCCUUCACUUGCGCGUAAUCAAGACGACAGCAUGCACAUUUCACUCCUUGCCAUCUGCACUCAUGUCGUACAUUUCCAUCUUCCAAUCUAUCCAUAUUGCUUCAUGUUUGGGCAUCUGCAUCUUCAUACCAUACAACCCAUCCCAAUCCGGCAAUUAGCAUUCCUACCUUCAUUUCCAACUGGGCCCAUUCGUUUGACAUGCACGGCUCGAAAAGCGCCCGAACGGGCACGUUCGACUUGUUCGACGACGAUAUUCCAGAGAACAUUCUUCCUUUGCGCAGCAUCAUCGACUGUAUGCCCUUGGAUAGAUUGCUGA